AGUUUUCGACCGACUCCGUGCCAGCUGCAGCCGUAUAAGAAGCAACAGUCUAAUAUUACUAUCAGUUUCUUGGCAUAAUCGUAAAAGAGUUAUACUAUCAAUAUGCAAGUCUGGGUAAGUAAAUUGGAUUCUAUUAUUUUAUUAUUCUUUUGUUAUUAAUAAUAUAGAUACGUUAUAUAUAUACUUAGAACACUAUUGAAUGUCUUUAACAAAAAUAAUUCAAUUUUAAAUCAGACGUUCAAAACUGCUGUCUAUCGUACUCACUGCUAUGCUAAGAUUUGUUUUCUUAAAAAUGUUUGUUGUUUUACGUAUACUCUACUGCUCAAAUUGAAAAAAAAAGGACUUAACGUUAGUUUUUCUUGCAAAUUUCAAUUAUUGAGCUCAAACUAACCCAAACAUUAUUUUUCAAACACAUUUCAAUAGGUACCCACAUAAUUAGUAAUUAAAAAAAAAAAAACGCACACAUUCAAUAAUACUGCAGCAGGCUAUAUUUUGUUCAUAAAUGUAUUUAUUUAAUUUAUACUAACAUUAAAAAUAAAUAAUAAUAUAUAAGUAUUUAAUUGAUACACACAGGAUGUCCCACAAAGAUACACCCAUUGUAUUAUCUCCGGAAAUAAUGUUGAAAAUCAAAUUAUGUUUUUUUUUUUUUUUUUUUGUUAUUAUUAUUUUAUUCAUAAUAAGGAUAAGGAAUGCAAAUAUUUAUGUCAAUUUUAUUCUGGUAAUAAACUUAAAAGAAAAUAAUAAAAUAAAGUUAUUUUUUUAGAAAUUUGAAGGUUCUGAACUGAAUUCUGAAAAUUCUGAACAUUUUUACGUAUCAACUUUUAUUUUCAUUCAAUUCGUAAUUUUUAAUAUUUUUUUAAAAGUCAAAGAAAAAAGUAUAAACUCAAUUAGCCAUAAUAAUAACAAUAAUAAUCAAUUAGCGAAUGCGAUUACAGCCAUGCUGCAUAAUUUUGGUUAUUUUUCUUCACCACUAUAUAGGUAACACAAAAAAUACAAUUAUUGAAAAUCUUACGUUUUUUGUAUUUUUGAGAAGAUAUCAUUUAUGCAUAAAAUUAUUUUUCAACUAUUUUUAGAAUAACUAACUUACUUAAACUUAUCAAAAUGUUAGUUAUAAUGACAUUGAACUCUUAUUAUAUUUUUAUUAUUUUAUUUUUUUCUUCGUGUUUGCAUCGAUAUUGACGAUAUCGUAUCGAUCGUUUACAUUUUCAUUUAGUUUCAUAAUUUUUUAUUAAAUUUGUUUUAAUUAUUAUUUUAUACAUGAAUAAUUAAAAAUUGUAUUUAAAGCAAUAGAAAUCAAUUAAAUAUAUGAAUGCUUUGUUAUUAUACGUAGCGAAGAAGCUAUAAUAGUUUUACUAAGAUGUGUUUUUUUCCCCUAGGAAUACAUUUUUUCGGUUAGUAAAAAAUGCUCCAAAUUCUUCAGACCAGUACUUUUAAAGAAUUUUCAACUAGUGGUGUUAAGUAAUUCGUUUGGAUUCCCGUCGAAUUUUCAUCUAUAUUCUCAAUGGAUUUUCCAAAAAUUUAAAAAACUGACAAAAAAUCUCAAUACAUUGCCACAAGGGUUUUAUUUUAGUUGAUUUCUGGAUUACUUAUGGUUAUAAAGAAAACAAAAAAGCUGAUAAUACUGAUGCGUACGCCAUUAUUAUAUAGAUGAGAAGUUAGAAAGAUAGGAUACAUAAAAUUAUUUAAUUUAUAUAAUAUGUAAUCAACGAUAAACCAUUGCUAAAGAAAAACGAUUCUGAACAAAAUUUAUAUAUGAUUUGUAAUUCCGUAAUAUUUUUACAGUUUUCUUUCUAUUCUUUCUUUUCGGUUUUGCUCAAUUAUUAAAAAAAACUACACAGAAAAUCAUAAAACUACAUUCUUACACACCAACUGGAUUCAAAAUAUAAUAAAAAAAGUAUCUUGUCGUUUUUUAUUCAAGCAAUAUUUCUGGUACAACACAUAAUUUGUAAAAAUGAAUAACAAUAGCAUCGGUAACGUCGUGGUGCAUCUUAAUUAUUAACCGUUUUUCCUAUGAUUUUUUUCUCGGUUUUUCCAACAAUUUUGAAAACCCCUUGGACAGUAAAAAAAUGAUUUCCUUCAUGCCCUAUAAGUAGAUAAAACACACAAAAAAAAAAAAAACACACAUCAUAGUACCAAUAGAUCUCUAGGACCUUAGGCUACGAACCUAAAAUACGACUGCUAUGACUUAACCAGUUUACCGAAUCGUUCUUUGUUUGUAAUUAUUUAUCGUAACAUGCAAUACCUAUAUAAAUUAAAUUAUCCAAGGCCUUCGAAAUUUCACACUUACUUAAUAGUUGUAUGCAUAAAUUAUAUCAACAAAAUUGUAAAUACAAGUACCUAUAAUCGUGUAUAAUUAUUACGAUUUUAAUCGUAAAGUUUACGCAUGCGAGCAACUCGGGAACCCUGUUUUUCGUACACACACUUUCGUAGAUGUGAAAUGUAUUUGUUGUUUUUUUGUUUAUAGAUUUCACUUUUAUUUGCGGUGAGUGCGAGCUUAGCCUUAGUCAGUGCCGAAACGGCGGAUAAGGUGGCCGAAAAGCCCAUUGAAAAGAAACAAGGCAAGCGUGGCCUUUGGGGUUUGGGCUACGGCGGAUAUGGUGGCCACAGCGAAUGGGACGGCCUGGCUGACUACGGACUUUUAGGAUCCGACCACAGUUACGGACACGUCAGUUCGUCGGUGCACGUCACCAAAGAGGUGCCCGUCAUCGUAGACAGGCCAAUCAUCGUGCCGGUCGAGAAGCACGUACCGUACCCGGUGACCGUCGAAAAGCCUGUGCCGUACCCCGUGCACGUCGAAAAACACGUGGCGGUGCCCGUCGACCGACCUGUCCCGUAUCCGGUCAAAGUGCCGGUUAAAAUCCCCGUCGCCCACCCGGUCCCGUAUCCCGUGUACGUUCACAAGCGCGUACCCGUAUACGUCAAGGAACACCACGGACACGGUUAUGAUAGCUACGACUUUGGUCACGACAACGGUUUUGGUUUCAGCAGCAGUUACGCGUACCACCAUUAAUCAUUUUCUGCAAACGUAACACUAUAAUGAUAAUUGUAUCAUAUUAUAAUAUUGUAUAUAUUAUACAGUUGCUCAUCCGAAGAGAUUUGCAUCUUUAUCGUAUAUAUAUAUAUAGAUAUAUCAACCAGACCUAUGUAUAAUAAUUGCGUUUUUUACCGUUUUCAACAUUGUUUUAUUACUAUAAUGAAUACUAUUAAUGUACGAUAUUUGAUUGCAUUUAAUCGACAAACGAGGCUUGAGAAAACAUUUUUGAUUAUUUUUUUUUUUAAUUUUUGUGAAGUUUAAAUUAAAAAAUCUCGGCCGAAAAAUAUUACGAAUUGUAAGUUAUACUUUCUUUUUUUUUUUAUACAAACCUAAUUUUAUCCUAUAAUCUCAACAUAAAAUAACUAUAUAGGUGUACAUAAUAUUAUAUUUGAAUAACAAUAUUAGUUUUUCAAAGGCUUAGG